GUUCCGAAUGCACCCCAUCAUAAGUCGCUGGCCCUCCGACUCCUUCUACGGGGGGAGGCUGAUCGACAGCGCACGCGCGAAGGCGCGAGUGCCGAUGCCAGGAUUCCCCUGGCCGGCCGCCGGCCCCCUCGCCUUCGUGAAGACGACGGGCCGGGAGGCCCAGAGCAUCGACGGCGUCUCCAAGACCAACGCCUCGGAGUGCAGCGCCGUGGCCAGCGUCGUGCGGAGACUCCUGCAGCACGUGUCCGCCAGUGACAUCGGGGUCAUCUCGCCGUACCGGGGGCAGGUCGGCAUGCUGAAGAAGUCGCUGCCCCGGGACGUGGAGGUGAAGACGGUGGACGGCUUCCAGGGCCGCGAGAACGUGGGAUUCUUGGCGGACGAGCGUCGGCUGAACGUGGCGCUCACCCGCGCACAGCGAGGGCUCGUCGUGGUUGGCAACCCGAGCACGCUGGAGAACGACAAGACCUGGAGAAGUUGGCUGGAGUUCGUUCGCAGCAACAAGCUGACCUUGGACCUUGCCGACGUCGAUGUUGAGGAGCCCGCGGGGCGAGCCGUGGCCAGGCCGUGAGAGCCGCUGCCCCGCAGGCCCUCUGGCGCGGCCCCCUCCCUGCGCAGGACGUCGCCGACGUAGCCAGGUCGACGAGCUGCCUGCCGCGCAGCUGCAAGCUCGAUCUGGUUCCGGGCCGUAGGCUGAGGGGGCAUCGAUCGCCAGUCGCCCAUGCCUCGCCGAUGGGGCCCGAUAGCCCGCCCCGACCAGGACCGUGCGGAUGCGCUGUCGGGGGCCCGACCUGUCGGCGACGCAUCGCCGAUUCCAGGUCGAUGUUUCAGCCCCCUGAGCCGGUCCCCCCCCGCGCGUUGCCCCUUCUUCCAGCGCCAUGUGGUUUCUGCUGUUGGUCAUUUGGGCCUUCGGCUGUUUCGGCGGGCUGGCGCCCAGGCUGGCGCCCUCUGCCCGGCGUGCCGCUGCUCGGGCAGGUGUGGCCCGGGAUUGUGCCGUGCAGCGGCGUUUUGUUCUCUCCCCCUCCCCGUCCUCUUCGGCUCUGAACCUCUCGCUUCCUCUCCCUCCCACUUCUUGUCGAGUGGUGCCGUCCUUCGGCUGCUGUUUGUGCCGUGUCGCGUUGGUGGAGUUUGUGUUUCAGUUGGCUGACGUACGAGCGCGUGAAGGCAGAAUCUUGCUCGGCCGUCCGCCGUCUAACUUCUCUCUGCUUCUUCUUCUCCGCCCA